AUGUUGCUGCUCACCAUGGACGACGUGAAGGAGAACCUCGACUUCUCGAACAUGAAGAACAAGAAGCCGACACCUUUCGAGUGGCUCCUCGCCAUCACUCCCAUCGCCUUGGAGAAGCUUCACCUCCAAGAAAAACACGAAAGGCUCGCCCAAGAGAGCAAGCUAAAAAGACCCAUAAUCGUCCCAGAAACAACAACAGCAACAACAGCCCUAGGACAUCAUGACGAUGAUCAAGAAACGACGCCGUCGAAGAAGAGGAAACGUAACAUUAUGUUCGACGGUAGUAGUACUAGAGAGAAGAAGGCGAAUGUCAUGAGAACCAGGCGUAGGAGGAUCGACAGGGACUACUUCGUCGACGAUCCUCGGCUCGAGCAAGCCACGAUACCAGAGAGGUUCCGGCAACACAUAGAGACGAGGCUAAACGGGAGGGACAUCAUGUUGAUAGUGCAGAAGCGGCUUUACGCGAGCGACCUGGACCCCAACGAAGGGCGGCUGUCGAUCCCGGUGAAGAAGACGAUGUGCGGAGGACUGCUGCUGACGAGGGACGAGGAGGAGUGGCUGAGGGACCGGGGGCACGACGGAAAGAAGGCGGUUCCCGGUAUGGAGCUGAAGCUGGUGGUGGACGGCCCUGAGCUGGGAGAAGGGAAGGUUGUGUUCAAGCUGUGGGCGAUGAAGAAGAAGAACGGGAGGGCGAGUUAUAUGUACGUGUUGGCGCGGUAUUGGAACGACGUCGUUAAGGCGCAUGGGCUUGGUGAGAGGGAAGUGGUUCAAGUGUGGGGGUUUAGAAUGGGAGAAGGCGAGUUAGGGCUUGCUUUGGUUAGGCUUGGGAAGGAACAUGAUGGUGAGGUUUAA